AUGAGCGCUGCCCUGAAAUAUCGAGCCUGGCUCUCGUGCCCAGCUCAUCAACAUCAUCCUUCAAUUCUUUGGUCUGAUCUACAUAUCCCGCAUAUUGCCUUGAUGAGCAAACUACAGGAUCUGCCGACACUUUGUGUCGCUACUGCACUCCUGUGUAUAUGUCUAACGCUUAUUAUUCGUACUUGGAUUCGCCCUGAACGUGUCCCUCCCGGGAUAGACUGGGCAGGAAGGCGUCGCGAGCUCUUCGGCGACAUCAGAGCGUGUGCACGUCAAUACACAGGAGGGUUAAAAACCAUGAUUUCGGGUUACAAGAAAUUCGGCCUCAGUGGGAAACCCUUCAUCCUACCCGGGACAGGGUUUGAGCCUCACGUCAUGCUGCCACCUGAGUUCAUCAAAUGGCUGAUCGAUCAACCCGAGGAGGUCUUGUCGCAUCGGCUAGUCCAAGGAGAGAAGCUGGGUCUGAAGUAUCUCCUACCUGCCUUUGAUUACACUUCGGAUAUGGCUAUCAUUGAAGCAAUUCGAGUUCAUCUUACCCGAAACCUCGGCAAGGUGCAAGGCGAUCUUUUUGAUGAAAUGCGUCAUUCGGUGGAUCAGAUGCUAGGUAUGGACGAUGCGGAAUGGAAGGAAGUGAACCUUUACGAUACUUUGAAUGAAAUUGUCUUCAAAGCUAGCGGUCGUAUUCUUUUCGGUCAGGAUUUGACUCGCAAUCAACACUUCAUGUAUUAUGUCUUGAAAUUUGCGACUUGGUUUGGCAUGGGGACAGUUCUGAUCGGACAGCUGAUUCCAUGGCAAUUUCGACGUUUGAUUGGCUCCUGUUGCGCUAUACCAACGGCGUACUAUCGGUCUAUGUGUGCAAAUUAUCUAUGGCCCCUCUUUGCUGAGAGAUACGAAAAUAUGUCACGCCAGAGAAAUGACCCAACAUUCGAAUACUCCCCACCGGAAGACCUAAUUACUUGGAUGUAUCGCGCAGCAUUUGAUAUGAAGAACCAAGAAGUUACCAGUGGAAAGCCCUUGGCGGCCAGAUUUACGGUCCUAGUGGCGGGAGCAAUCGCAACUUCCGUGGUGACAUCUACUAAUACUCUCCUGGAUCUCCUUGGUUCCGAUCCGCAUCAGGGUUAUUAUAAACUUCUUCGAGAGGAGGCAGAAGCGGUUUUCCAAACAGAAGAUGACUGGACCAAGUCGACUUCGUUGUUGAAACUGCCUCUUUUAGAUAGCACUAUUCGGGAAAGUCUUCGACGCCAUCCAAUCAUUUUUCGUGGCCUAUCUCGGGAGGUCAUGCCCAAAGAAGGGGUGACACUACCAAACGGCCAGAAAAUUUCACAGGGUGCAUGGCUCGGAUUCCCCGUUCCAGCUAUUCAUCAUGAUAGCCGAUACUAUGAUACCCCCGAUGUUUAUAAGCCAUUUCGCUUCAUACCGACCGAGACGACCAAGCGAACAAUGUUGGUCACAACUAGUGAUACAUUCCUUCCUUUUGGUCAUGCCAGGCAUUCAUGUCCCGGUCGUUGGUUUGCAUCUCAUCUCAUGAAGUUGCUCUUUGCCUACGUAACAAUCCACUAUGACAUUGAGCCCUUAAAUGAAAGGCCCCUGAACUUGAUUGUGGGAGACCACCCAGUUCCUCCUCCUUGGAUCAAGAUCCGUGUUCGCCGGGCCCACACUUCUUGA